UGAUGGAUGACAGUACACAGCGGUGUUGUUCCAUUAGAAACUGAAAGAAUGGUAACUCAGAAUGACUGCAACAUUCCCGAAAGAAUUGAAUUUGUGAAAGAUGGGAAACUCGGAGCUAAGAAUCAAACUGGAAAUGGCACGAUAUUUCGUGAAAGUCAUCAUAGUCUGAAGCACUUCAAAGCCUCCACUACGUCUUCAAUGACCACUAGUAAAAGUGGUUAUGAUGGAAAUUGGAUUACUCCUUGUUCUUCUACUACUUUGGAGUGGAAAAGAAUCUUUCGUAGUGGAAAAGGUUUGAGAAACCUGGGAAAUACCUGCUUCCUGAAUGCUGCGUUACAGUCUUUGUUACACUGUCCACCGUUUGCCACAGCCUUGUUGGAAAAAAUAUUUUCUGCAGCAUCCAAUUGUCCAUCUCAUUCGGGAUACUGUAGUAUUUGUGCCGUAGAGAAGACUGCCCAAAAUGUUUUUUCUUCGGACACUUCCUUUCAGAGCUAUUCUCCAGUAGAUUUGGUUCGAAACUUGAAAGUUUUGUCCAGAAAUUUUACUCCAGGAAGACAAGCAGAUGCUCAUGAAUAUAUUCGUUUUUUACUUGAUGAUAUGAAUCGUAUCUUAUUGGGAAUACCAAGAGGCAAACUUUGUCAUGACCGACAACAAGAAAUGCAUACUUUGGUCCAUGAGAUAUUUGGUGGUUGUUAUGAGUCUAAAGUAUCUUGCCAAAAUUGUGGUUCAAGUUCAGACACUGUUGAACCUUUUUUAGAUGUUUCUCUGGAUUUGGAAGGUGUCAGUACACUUGCUAAGGCAUUGAAGGGUUUUACUACUCCGGAGCGUUUGUUUGGACCUAAUCGAUACUUUUGUUCUCAAUGUAAACAAAGGACGGAUGCUUCCAAAGUAUUUCAGUUUCGACGAAUACCUAACGUUUUCAUUUUCCAUUUAAAACGGUUUCGAUUGAGUAAGAAGGAAAACAAAUUUGUUUCUUAUGAUGAAACUUUUGAUUUUUCCCCAUUCAUUCCUUUGAAAGGAAAUAGCAUUCGGAAACCUGUGUAUUAUCGUCUUUGUGCAGUUAUUGUACAUGAAGGUUUUAGUAUUCAUGGUGGGCAUUAUUAUGCUUACGUUCGCAAUAGCAAUGGAAUCUGGUACUUGAAAGAUGAUGAAUGCACAAGCCGUGUUGUCCAGCAGAAAGUGAAUAAUACUGAGAAAGUGGAUACGACAAAGAGCAAUUGUUCAAAUUUGCAACGAGUGACGGAACCGUGUAGCUCAAAUGAGGAAUGGAAGCUUGAUAAGAAGCCUAACAUGGAUAGGCUUUCACAGAUCAACGGUCAAUAUCCAGAAAUGACAAUCCAAAGACAUGACAUUUCUUUACUUGCGUUUCAUCGUCUUCAGAUGACGAUGCAAAGGCUUCAUGGGACAAUAGGACUUCACGUAAAGCAUGCAUUGAAUACUUCGUUCCAUGCGCAGUUGCGUAGAAAAAUAUUUCCUCAUGACGAUGUUGAAAUGGUUUCACAAGCAAAUAGAUAUACCGAACAACAGAAGAAAGAUAAUGUCAUUCUCAAAACAGGAAGACAGGGCACCAAGAAAAAAGUAGAAGACAUGCCUUCACCAUUUUCAGUGGGAACAUGGAAUAACUGUUCAUUAUUGAGCCAAUCAAGAAAAGAGUUGUUUUCGAGAGAAGGGAACCAACCAGCUCUUGGUGAAAAACGUGAUUUGUGGGAUAUUGAAUAUGAUAGAGGAAAACAAAGAAAGAGAAGAAAGAGGCAAAAUGUAGUACAGAACUUUUCAAAAUAUGCAACGAAAGGAACAAACAAGAACGGCCAUGUAUCAAUAUAGGAAUAGACACCAUUUUUGAAAAUGUAGUAAUGAUUUUAUACAAAGUUGAAUGAUGCCGUACUUGGGUAAUCAGAGUUUACCGGUGAUGCCUGAAGCCAAAGCAUGGGAUUCUUACGCAGAACCAUUCCAUCCAUAAAAGGCUACAUUGAAACUAUUGAGUUCUACUUGAAAUAUCUGCCUAAAUAGAAAAAACUAUACUAUUCACUGAAUCUGCCUAUUGGAUUAGUUUACAAGUAACUCUCAAGAGAAGAAAACAAGCUUAGGAAAAAUGAAUGUCCCUAAAAUAAACUCCCUGUACAAUAA